AUUGUCAGCUGGCUUCAAUGGACAAUGAGACUUGGAAACAAUUGAAGAUGAAGUUUGGAAGUAGCCUGUGCAUCCUUAACGUAGGCGGACGGCGCUUUGCUUUCACGGCAGAGCUGAUGAAGCGGUUACCUCUGAGCAGACUGAGCCGGCUGCAGCACUGCGUUUCAGAAACUGAGCUGCUGGAACUGUGCGACGACUAUGAUCGCGAAAGGAAUGAGUUUUUCUUUGACCGUCAUUCGGAGGCCUUCAGCUUCAUCAUGCUUUAUGUGCAGCAUGGGAAGUUAUGCUUUGUGCCUCACAUGUGUGAACUGUCCUUCUACAAUGAGAUGAUUUACUGGGGCCUGGAGAGUACUGACUUGCAGCCCUGCUGCCAGCAGCGUUUGGAUGAAUGCAUGUCUGAGUACUUUGUGCACUUCUGGCCGGAGGAAGAGCCGCGGGACCCAGAGGGGUCACAGAGUCGCUGGCUGGAGAGGAUGAGGAGGACCUUUGAGGAACCAACGUCCUCAGUGGCAGCACAGAUCCUGGCCUUGGUGUCUGUGAUGUUCGUCCUGAUUUCUGUGGUGAUGCUGUGUGCCAGCACUUUACCCGACUGGAAGGGCUCAGAGUCUCUGGACCAGCACAAGACCAUUGAAGCGGUGUGUAUCGGCUGGUUCACUGCAGAAUGUAUCGUCCGUUUCAUGGUGUCACAGGACAAAUGUGAAUUUGUUCGCCGUCCACUGAACAUCAUUGAUCUGCUGGCCAUCACACCAUAUUAUAUCUCCAUCACUGUGAUGAUGCUGACUGGGGAGAACUCGCAGCUGCAGCGGGCUGGAGUUGCUUUGCGUGUCCUGCGCAUGAUGCGGAUCUUCUGGGUGAUCAAGCUGGCCCGUCACUUCCUCGGUUUGCAGACGCUGGGCCUGACACUCCGGCGCUGCUACCGUGAGAUGGUGAUGCUGCUGGUCUUCAUCUGCGUGGCCAUGGCCAUCUUCAGUGCUCUGGCACAGUUGCUGGAGCAUGGCCUCGACAUGGACGCCAGCAAUCAGGACUUCGCGAGCAUCCCCGCUUCCUGCUGGUGGGUCAUCAUCUCCAUGACAACAGUGGGCUAUGGGGACAUUUAUCCAGUCACAGUGGCGGGUCGAGUGCUGGGUGGGAUGUGCGUGGUGAGCGGCAUCGUACUACUGGCACUGCCCAUCACCUUCAUCUACCACAGCUUUGUUCAGUGCUACCACGAGCUGAAGGUCCGCUCGGCUCGUUGCAGCCGGAGCCUUUCCACAGAGUUCAUCAACUGACCACACCCCUCGCCCCUCAGCUUCCACGUGUCACUAAACAGUCCAUUUGUCCAUUUAAUCUAUUUGUACUUUGAACUGUAACAAUUUUGCACACCUGAAAUGUUGAUACUUGUUAUUAUAGUUUUACAGAAAAUCUUUCAUACUUUUAGUAAAAAAGUAAUUAGAAUAAAGUUACUAUUUUACUGCAAAAAGCCACUUUAUAUAACUAAACAUGGAUUAAAAAUAUGUAUUUUUCAUUAGAUUUUACCAGGAAAUGUCAUGUUUUGUGUAGGACUGGAAACCUCAACACAGAGGUAAAGAUGGGUACGAAACAAAACCACUUUUUUUUUAUUCUAACCAAGGACCCAGGGAUUCAGUCCAAACAGGCAGCACUGUCCAUAAGGGGACAGACAGGUGGACAAUCCAGGAAACACAGCUCAUGGUCAAA